AUGUAUGAAUUUAUAAUUUAUAUUUGUUAUUCUGUUGAGGACGUCACAAGUACUGUACAGUAUACAUCAUCAUCGUCAUCAACAUCAUCAAUCAUCAUCAUCAUUAGAUUCGAUUUGGAACAACAGACGAUGAAAAUGGUGUUAAAUCAUUGGGAUUUGUUUGGGUGUAGUAAUCAACAAUUCCUUCCUACUCUCACUCUCACUCACUCUGAGUUAUUUAUAGAGACAAAGAGAGAGAGAGAGACAGCAGUAGACAGUAAAUUCAAAGAUACAAAUAUAUAUAUAUAUGUCACUCUCAACUCAACAAUAAUAACAAUAACAAUAACAGUAAUACCAAGAUCAACAAAUAUGGAAAUCGAUAGAUUAAUAUAG